CAUAUGUAUAAAAAACAAUUGAAUAAUUAAUUAAAGUAUUAAUCACAUAUUUUAAUGUUUAAUUAGUCAUCAAUAAUGUUGUUAUUAAACGUUAGAAAGAAUAAUUAAGGAAAUUAGAAGGAAAAAAAAACAAAAUCUUAAGGUCAUACAUCUUUACUAACAAGUUAUUAUGUCGUUGUCCUCAGAAAAUUAACAGUUCCUUACGAACCCGUAUAGUGAGUGCUUCGAUAUGGAGUUGUCCAAUGCGAGGUAUGAUACGCUCGGCAACAGGAUGGUGCAUCCAAACAUGACCCCGUUGAAGGUGUACCUGUUGGGUGGUGGGGGAGCUGCCUUUCUUACCUUAGGAUAUAUCUUAAUUGUCACCUGGUCAUCUUUAGUCAAACAUAACGUUUAUGAGCAAUUAAAGUUAAAAGAAGACUCAGAAUCCUUCAAGCUGUGGAGAGACACGCCAGUUCCUCAAGAGAUGAGCUUUUACUUAUUUAAUUGGUCGAAUCCUCAAGAUCUGCACGACGAAAAACCGUCUUUCACGGAGAUGGGACCAUAUACGUUUUCGGUAGUAGAAAAGAAAACAGCAAUAGUAUGGAAUGACAAUGGAACAGUGACUUAUAAAGUCAAAAGGUUUUGGAUGUUUGAUCCAGACAAGUCUAAAGGAUCUCUUGAAGAUGAAAUAGUAAUGUUGAAUUCAGUUGCACUGAGUGCUGCAAGGACUAUACGGCAUAAGAGUUUUUUUGUGAAAAAAGGCUUGAGUUCUACUAUGUGGUCAAUUCGUCAAGAAAUCAGCAUAAAACAUACUGUUGGUGAUAUACUGUUUUUUGGGUACGAGGAUAAAUUAUUGGAUAUUGGAAGAUCUUUUCCUGCCUUUGCUGAUGUAGAAAUUCCUCCUUAUGAUAAGUUCGCAUGGUUUUAUAAUAGAAACGGUUCCGAAGAUUUUGAUGGCGUCUUCAACAUGGAUACAGGAGUAAAUGAUAUAUAUUCGAUUGGAAAAUUACAUAACUGGAAUUUCAAAAACAGGACAUCAUACUAUGAGUCAACAUGUGCCUGUAUCAAUGGCUCUGCAGGCGAGCUUUUUCCUCCUGAAAGAACAAAGUCUAAUAUUGUUAUGUUCUCAGCAGAUUUGUGCAGAUCUAUCAACCUAUCAUUUUCAAACGAAGAAGAAAUACAUGGAAUUAAAGCAUUCAAGUAUGUUGCUGACAAGUACACAUUUGAUAAUGGAAGCUUAGACCCUAGCAACGAGUGCUUCUGUGAUGGCCAAUGCUCUCCUUCAGGUGUUACAAAUGUUACCCGAUGCCGUUACGGAGCUCCUGGAUUCAUCUCAUUUCCACAUUUUCAUCUGGCAGAUAAUUUUUAUACUGAACAAGUUAAAGGGUUGAAACCGAUUGCUGACAAACAUACGUUACAUAUCACCUUAGAACCAAACACUGGAGUUCCUCUUGAUGUUGCAGCACGAUUUCAAGUCAAUUUGUUGUUAGAACCAACGCCUGACAUUGGCUUGUUUGAAGAUGUUCCUACUAUUUAUUUCCCAAUGAUAUGGUUCGAGCAAAAAGUGACAAUAAGUGAAGAACUCGCAGCAGAAGUGCGAAUGGUAUUACUAUUACCAUUUAUAGGCCAAUGUUUUUCUUCGUUUCUAGUAAUAAUUGGGAUCGUAAUGAUUCUGUUCGCUAUUUAUCUUCGACUACAAUGUGUAAGAAAACCUGAGAAAGAUGAAGAUAUAAAAAGAACAGAAGGAGCUGGAGAACCUCUUAUGGGAGUCGAGAUUAAAGAAAUCAUGAAUCAGAAAACGUCUUGAACAAAUUACCGAAUAGAUUUAAAAACAAAAAAACUUGUGUUAUUUUUUUAAUACAUGGGUUUCUUUCUGAAGAAAAGACACUAUUUUAUUAAAGUAAUUGUAAUUAAUUUACUCAAUUUGAGUAUGCCUUGUAAAUAUGUAUACGAUGAAGUGUAAAUUUUUAGUAUCAUUUUAGAAAUGAUAAUUUAGAAAUAUUAUAAUUGUGAUUUAAUAGAUUUAUAAUUAUUUAUUUUUUAAGAUGAUUUUUUUUUAAUUUGGGUAUGAACUGCCAACUACAAUAUGGUGAAUUUAUGUUAACCAUUUAGGUAUAAUUUCUGUCAACUAUGAAGAUGAAAUUAUAUUAUCUAUGUUGAAUUUCUCAUUCAGAGGUGGCCAACUUGGAUGCUCUAGAGAUCUAUUUUAAUAAAAAAGAAAUGGCAACCUAAUAUUAUGUUAUUAUUUUUACUGGAAAAUUCUAUAUAUCAUUAUUUUUUGUUUGUUUUUUGCUUGAAAAUUUCCUGCAAAAUAACAAUUUAUUUAAAUUUUUUAAAUGAAAAAUGGUCUCCAUUUCAUUCACAAUUAAUAUUUACAAGAUUAUAAAAAAAAAAAAAAAAAAAAAAAGGAUGUAGUAUACACUAACAAAAUGUGCUAAAUAGAAAAACAUAAAAUGAUUCUGUUGUGAAAUUCCACAUUUUCAUAUUGUGGCAUUCUUCAAUAAUAUUUUUUUAAAUAAAAUGUUAAACACCACAUGGUAUCUGUUGAAAGCAGGAUAGAUUUUUAAAAAUUAUUUACAGUACUGCUAUAUUUACUGUCAAAAGAAAUCACUAUAAAAGUAUGUUGAGAACUGAUAAUGGUAAAAUAAAUAAAUUAUUAAAAAAAAAAAGACAAAAAAAAAUUGGCAUUCUAUUAUAUUCUUAACUUUUAAAAUUGAAUAAUUUAUAAUUUAUUUUAAGAAGUGUUGCUAGUUAAAUGACCAAAUCAUAUGACUUUAUUUUUAUAUGUGCUUCCCAAAGGAUUAAAAAUUUCUUUCUGAUUUUUUUAAAAACAAGCUAACCAAAGUUAAUGUCGGUCAUACAUUUUUAGGCGAUAAGUACCUCAACGAAUUAUUAAACUAGGAAAUAAGAUUAUAAAAGGAGAAUGUAAUGUUUGAUUGUUUUAUUUAUUAUAGAUUAAGCACUUAAAGAACUCUUAGAUUAUAAUGAUAAAUAAUUAACUAUAUAAAAUAGAAUUAUGAUUUUUUGAUUGUACCAAAAACUUGCUCAAACUAUUGUUCUAUAGGUUGCUAUAAUGUACCUACAAAUUUAUGUCCUUACUUACAUAUUUUAAAAAUAAUAAUUAAAAAAGAUAUAAAUUAUGUAAAGAUUACAUCUACUUAUACAACUGUAAUUAUUUUUCUAAACCAAAGUCUGAAAAAUAAUUUUUAUAAUAAAUAUGCUGCAUAAACUUUUUACUGGUAUUUUAUUUUGUAUCAUCAUCCAAUUUUAUUUUAGAGAAUUAGUUUUAAGAAACUCUACAUCUUGUCAUUGCAAAAACAGCACUUAUUGAAAAAUUUUGAGAGGUUAAUUUAUUCCAUUUGCAGUAGCCAAAAAAAGUAUUUGUUUACCAAAUGUUUUAGGAAAAAGUAUUUUUAUUUAAGUUUUCAACAUAAUGUAACUAUAGAUAACAAUUAGAAACUUCAUUUUGCAUUGACUUUACAAAACAGUAAAAUUAUAUCACUCAUGUUGU